UUAAAUCCACUUAAACUCCCAGAAAAAAAAAAGCUUUGCCUUGUUUAUCACUCUCUCUCUCUCUAGAUUUGAUUUGUUGCAUUUGCUGCUCUCCAACUCAACAGAAAUCGUUGCAUGAAAGUUUCUUGUUCGAUUUGGCCCUCAGAUUCAAGCAUUGGUUAUGUGAAAUGAAGAUUGAAUCUUGGAAUUGUAGAUUCUAGGGUUUCAAAAUAGUUCAUAUUCAAUGGCGAUCAGAGGCGUAGAUUUCAAGUGGUACGAUGGGUUCUUCUUGUCUAUGCUCGCGACAAGUAUAAUCAUUGUCGCAAUCAAUUGGAAGCGGUACCAUCUUUGCACAUACCCAUUGCACAUAUGGAUCGUGGUUGACUACACUACUGUGUUUGUUUUUCGGCUCUUGAUAUUUGUAGAUAAUGGGCUUGCCUCUGGAAUGGGAUUGGAUUUUGGGUGGCAGCAAAGAUAUGCUCGGUUUUGUGGAAGAAUAGCGGUUCUUUCAGUUCUUUCAUUGCUACUUUACCCCUUUCUUUGGGCUUGGACGGUUGUUGGUACUCUAUGGUUCACUAGGGCAAGAGACUGCUUGCCUGAAGAAGGUCAGAAAUGGGGUUUCCUCAUUUGGUUGCUUUUCAGCUACUGCGGACUCCUUUGCAUUGCUUGCAUAUCUAUGGGGAAGUGGUUAACUCGACGACAAGCACACUUACUACGUGCUCAACAGGGGAUUCCUGUUUCAGAAUAUGGGGUGUUGGUUGACAUGAUCCGAGUACCAGAUUGGGCAUUUGAAGCUGCGGGCCAAGAGACGAGAGGCAUGGGCCAAGAAGCUGCUGCAUACCAUCCUGGACUUUACUUGACGCCUGCUCAGAGAGAAGCAGUGGAGGCACUCAUUCAGGAACUUCCAAAGUUUAGGCUCAAGGCUGUUCCUACUGAUUGCAGUGAAUGUCCCAUAUGUUUAGAAGAAUUCCAUGUGGGGAAUGAGGUUCGUGGCCUUCCUUGUGCUCACAAUUUUCACGUGGAAUGCAUUGAUGAGUGGCUUCGACUGAAUGUGAAAUGCCCUCGGUGUCGUUGUUCAGUCUUUCCAAACCUUGACCUCAGUGCCUUGUCAAAUAUCCGUGCGGAUUCCGAACGUUCAUCUGCCAGUGUUAUGACCACCACCAGAUAUGUGAGAACUCAACCAUCUAGCCAAAGUUAUCUGUUGAGAUUGCAAGGUCUGCUCCGUCCAGUCCGUACAGAAAAUGCAGGGCCAGGUGCUGAUCCAGGGAUCAUUGCUUUGGAAAUGGCUGAGAAUGGAGGGCUGCCAUUGGCAACUCAGGGCAGCCCAAACCUGGAACCGGCACCCUUUGUUGAACGUGUACAUGUUGAUCAAUCAAACUCACAUUAACGCCAGUUUGUUUCUUGGACUCUUACAGGUUUUACUUCAGAUUUCUAACAUAUGCGUUUAGAGAAAGCUAAAAUGAAGUCUACUCUUGCCAUUGCUCAAUGCUUGUAGUGGUUUCUCAUUGUAAUCAGAAAAUUCUUUUUUUUUUUUUUUAAUUUCAUGGGCAGAAAACUGGCAACAAUACUUGUUCUUUUUAUAGCAAUUGGAGGUUAGACUUUGCCCUGUGCUGCUGUAUGGUGCUUUUCUUAAUUGAUAGAAUUGUUUUGAUUUGAUUUGAAUGUGA